GCGCUCGGCUGCCGGGACCUGAAGUCGCCCGAGGCGCUGCUCGGUGCCAGCCUUGCUGCGGAGGUGGUGAAGCUCGACGUCGGCGAGGUGGCAGGCCUGGCCCUCGUGACCGAAGGUGCCGAGUCGGUGACAGACGCCAUGAUUGCUCAGCGCCUAGGGGAGCACUCGCCUGGCCGACCCCGGGCCGCGGCCCUGCAGAUCGCCCUGGAUGCCAAGCGGGCCGAGGCCCCGACUGGCGGCAGCGCCGCCGCAUCCGCCUCCCCGUCGGGCGCGGCCGCCGGCAGAGUGCCGAG